UGCUAGAAUGAGAAUGUUGGAAGAGGAAGAUUUCUACCUCUUUAAAAAUGUGUCUAGUGUGAGCCCCUGGGAUGGGCCACAAUACCACAUUGCCCCUAAAUGGGCAUUCACCCUGCAAGCACUCUUUAUGGGUGCGGUGUUUCUCUUUGGAGCACCCCUAAACCUCAUUGUACUGGUGGUUACAAUGAAAUACAAGAAGCUUCGCCAGCCUCUCAACUACAUCCUGGUGAACAUUGCAGUAGGUGGAUUCCUCAUGUGCAUUUUCUCAAUUUUUCCUGUCUUCAUCUCUAGUUCCAAAGGUUACUUUUUCUUGGGGAAGGUAGCCUGCAACAUUGAUGCAUUUAUCGGCACAGUUUCAGGUUUGGUUACUGGCUGGUCCCUAGCAUUCCUCGCUUUUGAAAGAUAUAUUGUUAUCUGCAAGCCAAUGGGGAACUUCACCUUCAGCUCUUCACAUGCAAUGGCUGUUGUCAUCUGCACUUGGAUCAUUGGUAUUGGUGUGUCUGUACCGCCAUUCUUUGGUUGGAGCAGGUACAUGCCGGAAGGCUUGCAGUGCUCCUGCGGUCCCGACUGGUACACAGUUGGCACAAAGUACCGAAGCGAAUAUUACACCUGGUUUAUAUUCAUAUUCUGUUUCGUUAUGCCACUGACAAUGAUAUGCUUCUCCUACGGCAGACUUCUCGGAGCUCUUCGGGCGGUAGCAGCACAGCAGCAGGAAUCUGCUAGCACACAGAAGGCAGAGCGCGAGGUAUCCCGUAUGGUGGUCGUCAUGGUAGGGUCCUUCUGUCUGUGUUAUGUCCCUUAUGCAGCAAUGGCCAUGUAUAUGGUGACAAAUCGGGACCACGGGUUAGAUCUUCGCCUUGUCACCAUCCCUGCCUUCUUCUCCAAGAGCGCCUGUGUCUAUAACCCCAUUAUAUAUUCCUUCAUGAACAAACAGUUCAGAGGGUGCAUUAUGGAAACAGUCUGUGGAAGACCUAUGACCGAUGACUCUUCAGUGUCUUCCACAAGCCAAAAGACUGAAGUAUCAACAGUGUCUUCCAGCCAAGUCAGCCCUGCCUGAACUUAAGCUAUGCUGCAUCAUCAUUGCUUGACCACCCUGCUGUGUGUUAUGGAUAAAGAUUGAUUAUUUUAUAAACAUCCUCUACAGACAUUACUUUCUAGCUACUUACAGUCAGUGCAUUCUAAAUGCAGAUAGUUUAUCGGUGCAAUGAGGUAAAACUAGCACUGCCUUGUCAGUAAUUUAAUUCUUCCAUGAUUAUCUUGUGCACACAGGAAUAUCACACAAUACAGGCAAGCUGGGUUUGGUUAGAAGUUACUCAUUUAGUAAUUUGACAGUACAAGCCAACGGGUAAAAAAUUAAUAUCUAACCUGUGAUUCCAGUAACCAAAUCUGGUGGUAGAAAUAUUUAUGUCAUGCAAAAAUGGUUAAUGUGCUGAAAGAAAAAAAAAAACAGUUUUCUUUUAUGCGUGCCUUUAACAGUUUUUGUUGUAAUUUACCCAUAUGAGAAGAAAAUCAAUAAUUGCGAAGUAGCACACAUGUAGAUUCUGAAGAACUUAUUUACACCUGCAUUUUUCUUAGUUGGUUUUGUCGAAUGGCAAAACUUAGUGUGAUUUUAUUUCCAGGAAAGUAACUUAGUAACAUUCCACCAAUUCUCUGCUCAGUUCAUUCUGCAGCUCUGUGGCGCUGUACAUAUUAUGUUUACACAAACAAUUUGGCUGUUUAGAAAGGUCAAAUGAAAUGUCACCCCACCCAAAAGUUUGCAUAAAUGUCCUAGACAGCAAAACUAUAUGGCAAAAACAAUAAAACCCAAAGCAUAUUAAUCCACAAUACCUUUUAUUGUGGCCUAAUUUUCCUAGGAGACUGAGUGGCUCAGAUUUUGUGCCAAAAAGACAAAAUUUGAGCAAAUUGAAAUACAAAUUAAUUUUAAAAAAUUGUUUCAUUGUUAUGCAUUUUAGGUCUUCACUUCGAUCCAUUUUACAGCUCAAAUGCAGACAAUUUCACUUGUUUUUUUAGCUACGGUCUGAACAGAACAUACAUAUUAACAGAAUUCAGUUAUGGUAAAUGAAGAUUUUGCAAAGCUACAAGUGACAUAAGAACACAUGGUCAAUUGGCAAGUGGGGUUAAUGAAUGUUUAAUUUUACCUCAACAUGAAAAAACAUUGUAAUAAAUACAGUUAUGCUGUUAAAA